UUUUUUGUCAGAAGGAAUAAGGAAUUGUCUACCUCAUCUUCCAUGAAUUCUUUACUGUAAAUAUGACUCUUGAAACCUAUGGCUUGUGCCUCAAUUUGUGAAAGUUAUUCAUACCUUACAGGAAAUAAACAAAUGACCUAAAAUGGAUUUUUCACUUUACUGGGUGUAUUGUAUUGUGUGGUAAGUAUGGCACUUGAGUCCCUCGAAUUGGUCUCACACAUAGACCAUUAAUAUACAGCUACCCCUAAUAGUAGCAGUAUGUACAGAUUAGGUUAACAUGUGCCAGAGAAAGGUAACUUAAUGAGAAACAGAACAUGAGGCGAAUUAUCGAAACAAACAUGUCAUUUUAAAGCCAGGGGUAUUGAACCUGUUCUGUAUAGAAGGGGUGUGUGCAUGGAUCUAAAAUAGACUGUAACUGUAAGAGUUGCUUCCCCUACCUACUUGACAACGAAAGUAAAAUCACUGGUUACUUCCUGGUUGUACAGACGGGUGGACUGGCCGCACACAGUGAUAGUCUCUCUGAUGAUGAGUUUGAUGACAUCUUAGAUUCAAGACACUGGUGAAUGACAGGAAAGAAUGAAGAAUGUUCAGAGAUAUAAAAUAGAACAAUAUACUUAGUGACUGAAUAUCAAUGGGAUGGAGAAACGUAAAGGACAGACGGAUGAAAGUCACACAGAGCAUGGAGGAUGUACACCACCAAAGCGCAGGGUGAAACACAAUGACGAUGACACGGCACCAGAUGGGGAAAACAAGGAACUUGCAGGUACUGCCACAGACAACCCGCAAGAAACGGCUGAAGAAGCAGGCAACACUGUGGAGAAUACAGAAAAUAUAGACAUUGAACAUGUAGAUGAAGCCCAAGGUGCCAGGAAUCGGAAUGUUGGUUCACCUCAGACCACCCAGAGGGAAGAGAAGGAUGUGAAGACAGUGAUAGGAAUGGCUGGAGGCACAGCCGACAAUUGCAACAUUGUAGGACAAGGCAACAUAUUUGUUAGCAAUCACGGACAUCAAGGCUGUGCAUCACAAGCGUCUCUUGGCAUCAGGAUCAAGCAGCUGAAUGAAGUGUUUAAGGAAACUCACACUCUUCAUAAAGCAGAAGAACUUCUGGAAAGGCACAACCAUGUGGCAAUUUGUGGAGCUCCUGGAGAAGGGAAAACAUGCACUGCUCUCAAGAUAUGUGAGAAAUAUCUCCACAAAAAACACGAAGUUGUAUUUGUUGAAAAUAUUGAAGUUUUUGAUGUGGAUACAAUCAUUCAACGAACAUGUGACAUGCUGGUUGUGUUUGAUGAUAUAUUUGGUUCUGUAGCAUUUCCUUCAAGUUCGGAGAAAAUUCAUAAAGUGUUGAUUGCCCUGGUUGAUGGUUUGGUAAACACUUCAUUCCAACAAGAACAAGCAGCCCAGAAGAAGAGAGAUUGGAAGAAUAAGCAAGACAAGACUCAAGCAGAUGAGAAGCCAAAAAGCCCUCACAAGCUCCUCUUAAUUUUCACAUCCAGAAGCUACAACUGGAAUGAAGGACGUGGAAGAAUGCACCAGUUCAAGGUAAAUCUCUUUAAGCCAGAAAGUGUCAUUGACAUGACCAAAACCGGCCUGACAAUUGAGGAGAAGGAAUCUAUUAUGAAUUUGUUCGAGAAAAGAAGUAAAAAAUGUAAUAUCUCCAAUGAGGACAAGAACACCAUCACUCGAUUACAAGACAGCAUGUUUGGAUUUCCUCUGAUCUGUCAACUGUAUUGUACCAACCCAGCCUUCCAGAUGCACAACAUUAUUGACUUCUUCCAGAAACCUGUGACCUACCUGAGAGGAGACCUUGACACCAUUGUCCGUGAAGGCAGCAGCAGGUCGGCAGCUCUAGUUCUCCUCGUCCUGUGUGGAGGGAAAUUGAACCUUGCCUCUUUUAAGGGGAAGGAGAAGAGUCUCACUGAUCUGUUUCAGGCUGUAAAGGAGGAUAUCGUGUCUUGCACUCGGACAGACAUUGGCAGGGAGAUCAGCAAUUUUACCGGCACCUACUGUACAGUGGAGAAUCAUGUAGCCUGCUUCUCUCAUCCAUCCAUCUAUGAUGCUGCAGCAUGUGCCUUGGGGAAUCUCAAUGAAGAUUUGUUACUGGAACAUUGUUCCCUGCAGUUUUUAUAUGAAAGAGUGAGGCUGAACAAGGCUGAUCACCAGCAGACAACCCACACUGAUGAUGUCACAAACAUGAUCUACAUCACCUCAAGUCUCCACCCGUUAGUGAUCAGCAGAUUGAUGGAGGGCGUCCGAGAAGGGUGCUUCAGAUGGACAGUAAGUCACCCUGUAUUCAGCUGUGUUCAAAUAGCCUCCGACUUCUUGACACAGAUGACGGCAGACUUGCCAACUGUUCUUCAUAGAAAAGAUAAGAGCUCAGGUGAAUGUUUUCUGUAUUGGGUUUCACUGUCAACUAACCAUUCACUGUUUAAACACUCAGUGUCACUGAUGUGUAGAGAGGGAAGUCUUUCACAUUCUGUACUCGCUGACUUCUAUGAUAGUAUCAUAGGCUGUACAGAACAUGGCAAUCUCAGGCACCUGCAACAUAUUGCUGCUGUACUCAAACAACGUGGGGAAUAUGAUGUAGACAGGAGGACAAAGGGAGAGAAGACUCUGCUGAUGAUCGCUGCUGAGGCAGGACAGUUAGGUGUGUUCAACUUCCUCCUCCAAGAAGUAGCUGAUGUUUCAGUGACAGACGAAGAUCGUUACAACUGUCUUCAUCUUUCAUGUAAAUCAGGAAGCAAAGAUAUAGUAAAUGUUAUCAUUGAGAAGUUUCAACACCUGAUCAAUGACCGCGAUAGUACAGGAAACACCCCUGCUAUGGUGUGUGCUGAGUCAGGGCAGGGUGAAAUCCUCAAGUUCCUUGUUUCACACAAAGCAGAUCUUACUCUCCAGAAUGUUUUCAAUGUGAACGCUUUCCAAAUAGCAUCUAGCAACGGCCAUGUAUCAGUUGUAGAGUAUCUACUAACAUGUGAACACAUAACCAUAGACAUGCGAGGAGGGUGGGGGCAUCAAACAGCGGUUAUGAUGGCAGCUGAAGGAGGACAGUAUGAUGUUUAUAAUCUGCUUGUGUUGGAGGGAGCUGAUCUGUUACUAACUGAUGGAAACAACUGUGACUGCCUGAUGUUGGCAUGUGUUGGAGGUAACGUGUCUAUAGUCAAACACCUCCUGUCCUUGAAAACAUUAAACAUCAAUAGACGAAUGAGAUCACAAAAACAAACAGCAGUUAUGAUGGCAGCUGAAAGAGGACAGUAUGAUGUUUAUAAUCUUCUUGUGUUGGAAGGAGCUGAUCUGUCACUUACUGAUAUAUUCAACAGGGACUGCCUGAUGUUGGCAUGUGAGGGAGGCAACGUGUUUAUUGUGAAACACCUCCUGUCCUUGAAAACAUUUGACAUCAACAGAAGAGCGGGGUUGUGGAAUCAAACAGCAGUCAUGAUGGCAGCUGAAAGAGGACAGUAUGAUGUUUAUUAUCUUCUUGUGUUGGAGGGAGCUGAUCUGUCAUUUACUGAUAGAGACAACAUGGACUGCCUGAUGUUGGCAUGUAAGGGCGGUAACGUGGCUAUUCUGAAACACCUCCUGUCCUUGAAAACAAUUGACAUCAACAGAAGAGCGGGGUUGAGGAAUCAAACAUCAGUCAUGAUGGCAGCUGAAAGAGGACAGUAUGAUGUUUAUAAUCUUCUUGUGUUGGAGGGAGCUGAUCUGUCACUUACUGAUGAAGACAACAUGGACUGCCUGAUGUUGGCAUGUGAGGGAGGUAACGUCUUUAUAGUGAAACAUCUCCUGUCUUUGAAAACAUUUGACAUCAACAGACGAAUGGGUUUGUGGGAGCAAGCAGCAAUUAUGAUGGCAGUUGAAAGAACACACUAUGAUGAAGACAACAGGGACUGCCUGAUUUUGGCAUGUGAGGGAGGUAACGUGUCUAUAGUGAAACACCUCCUGUCCUUAAAAGCAUUUGACAUCAACAGACGAGUGUGGUUACAGAAACAAACAGCAGUUAUGUUGGCAGCUGAAAGAGGACACUAUGAUGUUUAUAAUCUUCUUGUGUUGGAGGGAGCUGAUCUGUCACUUACUGAUGAAGACAACAGGGACUGCCUGAUGUUGGCAUGUAAGAGAGGUAACGUGUUAAUAGUGAAACACCUCCUGUCCUUGAAAACAUUUGACAUCAACAGACGAUGGGGGUCACGGAAACAAACAGCAGUUAUGAUGGCAGCUGAAAGAGGACAGUAUGAUGUUUAUAAUCUUCUUGUGUUGGAAGGAGCUGAUCUGUCACUAACUGAUGAAGACAACAGGGACUGCCUGAUGUUGGCAUGUAAGAGUGGUAAUGUGUAUAUUGUGAAACACCUCCUGUCCUUGAAAACAUUUGACAUCAACAGACGAUGGGGGGCAUUGAAACAAACAGUUGUUAUGGUGGCAGCUGCAAGAGGACAGUAUGAUGUUUAUCAUCUUCUUGUGUUGGAGGGAGCUGAUCUGUCACUUUCUGAUGAAGACAACAUGGACUGCCUGAUGCUGGCAUGUAAGGGCGGUAACGUGUCUAUAGUGAAACACCUCCUGUCCUUGAAAACAUUUGACAUCAACAGACGAUGGGGGUCACAGAAACAAACAGCAGUUAUGAUGGCAGCUGAAGGAGGACAGUAUGAUGUUUAUAAUCUUCUUGUGUUGGAGGGAGCUGAUCUGUCACUUACUGAUGAAGACAACAGGGACUGCCUGAUGUUGGCAUGUAAGAGAGGUAACGUGUAUAUCGUGAAACACCUCCUGUCCUUGAAAACAUUUGACAUCAACAAACGAUGGGGGGCAUUGAAACAAACAGCAAUUAUGAUGGCAGCUGAAAGAGGACAGUAUGAUGUUUAUAAUCUUCUUGUGUUUGAGGGAGCUGAUCUGUCACUUACUGAUGGAGAUAGCAUGGACUGCCUGAUGUUGGCAUGUAAGGGAGGUAACGUGACUAUAGUGAAACACCUCCUGUCCUUGAACACAUUUGACAUGAGCAGAAGGGAAGGUCACAGAAGGUUAGAGGAAUAUGUCACUGUUGCUAAAAGGAAUUAUUACUGCGAGGAAAUAGUGAAUCUUCUGAGGUACUCUUUGGAAUAACAUUAUGUUGUUCUUGACUGGAUAUCACUGCAUCCUUGUACGUUGUGUUGUUCUUGACUGGAGAUCACUGCAUCCUUGUACGUUAUGUUGUUCUUGACAGGAGAUCACUGCAUCCUUGUACGUUAUGUAAUUCUAGACAGGAGAUCACUGCAUCCUUGUACGUUAUGUUGUUCUUGACUGGAGAUCACUGCAUCCUUGUACGUUAUGUUGUUCUUGACUGGAGAUCACUGCAUCCUUGUACGUUAUGUUGUUCUUGACUGCAGAUCACUGCAUCCUUGUACGUUAUGUUCUUGACUGGAGAUCACUGCAUCAUUGUACGUUAUGGACAUGACGUUUGUACAUACACGUUCUGCGUAGGUAGAGUGAGCGAGUGAGUUGGUUUUAACACCACUUUGAACAGUAUUCCAGGAAUAUCAUGGCGUCUCAGCACUGCUGCAAUUGCGGCGCCCUAGACGACUGAGCCACAGUCGUCCCCACUCAGCCAGAGACCAUACACCAGAGACCGAUGAUGUAUAUGGCCUCUGGUGCAGCCUAAUCCUUGAUGACAGUUGCAGUGUAGUGACUGGCGUCGGUUACAGUGUUCCCUGUUGCUGUUGGCGAAGGAAUAGUAACUCAUCCAUCCAUGAAGAUCAGGCCCCGUUCCACAAAGCCAUCGUAUCCCUGUGACUGUCGUAAGCCACUGUUAAAGUAUGGGAGCUACGAUGAAAGCUACUAGCACGUCAGCCAUUACACUUCACAACAAUCAGAGCACAUUUCAGGACAGAGAUCAUAUCUUAGAGCAUAUCUUAGAGCACAUCUCACAUCACAGAUCACAUCUCACAGCACAGAUCACAUCUCACAGCACCGAUUAUAUCCAACAGCACCGAUCACAUCUCAGAGCACAGAAAACAUCUCAGAGCACAGAUCACAUUUCAGAUCACACCUCAGAGCUCAGAUCACAUCUCAGAGCACAGAUCACAGAUCACACCACAGAUCACAUCGCAGAGCACAGAUCACAGAUCACACCACAGAUCACACCUCAGAGCACAGAUCACACCUCGGGGCACAGAUCACACCUCGGGGCACACCCAUCACCAUGUCAGUGUGUUUCAAUCGUAUGUAUGUUACUGAAAAGUAACGUCAUAACCGUAAAUAAACUAUUCUAGUACAUCAUGAUAUAAGCUAGAAUUUAAAUGUGUGUAGUUGUGUAUAUUUUGUGCAAUGAUGUCAAUGCAUAACUUUAUUACUAUAACUACAUGAACAUAUGCUUCAAUGUGCCAGUUACAGAGCAUAGAGGGUCGCCUCGAUCGAACUGUGUCAAAUAACAAUGUCAUUAUUUCGGUACAGGUUCAUUAUUGUGUAUGUCUUCUAU